AUGCUUCGCUCAUCCGUCUUCUCAGGUCUAAGAACCUCUGCUCGUUCAUUCUCUUCUUCUCCAGUCUCAAGAGCCUCCUCAUACGCCAGUACCACUUUUAUUGGCCGUGUUGGUCAAGAUUUACAAGAAACUGAAGCUUCUUCUGGUAGAAAAUACUUGAGAUACAACAUUGCUGUCCAACAAAGAAAAGACUUGCCAGUCAAUUGGUUCCCAAUCAUGGUCUUCAAUGAACAACAAGUCAGCUUCAUGACCCAAUACAUCAAGAAAGGUGCUAUGGUUCAUGUUGAAGCUUUACCAGAAGCUCAAACCCUUGAAGGUGAAGAUGGUUCAAGACAAUUCAGAGUCUCUUUUAUCCAAAAAUCCGUCAAUCUUCUUUCAAAUCCAAACUCUUCAGAAGGUGCUCAAUAA